AUGGUCGUGGAUACCGGGAGCGAGUGUAAUGUCCUAUACGAGGAAGUAUUCUGGAAACUAAACCCUUUGUCACGAAUGAACUUCAGAAAGGCAGGAACUUCGGUCCAAGGAUACUCCGGCGACUCAGCUGAACCAUUAGGAAAGCUGUCUCUGCAAACAACGAUUGGAAAGGGACAUUGGAAACGAAAAGAGAAAAUCACGUUCACAGUAGUAAGUGGAACUUCACCUUUUCAAGCGAUCCUAGGCAGACCGGGACUCCAGAAGUUCGGAAUAAUCCCAUCUGUGAUGCAUGGCCUGAUCAAAUAUGAAACGAAUGGAAGAAUAGCAACCUUGGUGGGAAAGGCUAAAAAGCUCUCUGACGAAGGCCGAGACGGUUGUCACGAGAUAUCCAUGAAUGAUAGGCCGUAUUAUGGAUGA